CAACCUUAUCACUUGUCCGCUCUCUUCGCUGCUGACCUUCAGAAUCAUGGGACUCACCGAACACACAAAAAAGAACCAAAAAAAAAAACUCGUAACGAACAAAACCGCAAUGGAUUUUUCUAUGACGUGGCAAUUAGAUAAGGAUGGCAUGGCAUGUAGGAACCUUUUCCGCGUGUCAUUGGCUGUUUUAAAUUCUAUCUCAGGGCUCAGUCCAGAGUUUGCCUUUGGUUCAAAUUAAAAUUCAUAAUAUUUGGAUCCCCCUCGGUUUCUUCAUAUCAGCCCUCUCUGUAUUUUUUUCUUAUUAAUUUCAUACCCUGAAUAGUUUACAGAUCUUCAAUUCUUUUUCUGAAAAUUUCUGUGUUUUGCAACUCUAUUGUUUCAUUGAAUCCACUCCAAUCUUUACAUGCUUUUUUUCUCAAAUUUUACAGGGAAGAAGGUAUUGUUAAUUUACCAGAUCUAUUCUAUUGUGCUUUCUUCACAAUCUAACCAAAAAAUUUCAAAACCCUAAUCUUGUUAUAGAGUUUUGAUUACUGGGUUGUUGUAAUUAACUCAGAUUGUGAAUAGCUUUUUCACGGCAUUUCUAAAAACAAUAAAAAAAGGAGCUAACUUUCCAUUGGUUUAAGCGAUUUUGAAAUCUGGGUUUUCCUCCAAAAAAAUGGUUACAGUCAAUUUGGGGAUGCUUCAUUACAUUCUAGACCAUGUAUAUGGUGCAUUUAUGCAUAGAACAAAGAUAACCCCACCAUUUUUCUCAAGAGGAUGGGGUGGAACAAAGCUUCAGCUUCUGGAGAGAUUGAUAAGCCAGCUGUUCCCUGAAGUUGAAGGCCAAAACUGGCCUCCAAGAUUGAUACAACCCAUUUGGAAAACAGUUUGGGAGACCCAAAGUUCUUGCUUGAGAGAAGGUGUGUUUAGGACCCCUUGUGAUGAGCACUUGCUGAGUGCAUUGCCUCCUGAAAGUCACAAUGCAAGGGUUGCUUUCCUUGUCCCAAAAUUUGUGCCACCUCAAAAGAUGGCAUGUGUGGUUCACCUCGCAGGCACAGGAGAUCAUACAUUUGAACGGAGAUUACGUCUUGGUGGACCAUUAUUGAAGCAAAUCAUUGCAACUAUGGUGCUUGAGAGCCCUUUCUAUGGUCAAAGACGCCCUAUGCUGCAACGUGGUGCAAAACUCUUGUGUGUUAGUGACUUGCUUUUAUUAGGAAGAGCAACCAUUGAAGAGGCACGUAGCCUUUUAUAUUGGUUAGACUCUGAGGCAGGGUUCGGCAAGAUGGGUGUGUGUGGGCUUAGUAUGGGGGGAGUGCAUGCUGCAAUGGUUGGAUCACUGCACCCCACACCUGUUGCAACCCUUCCUUUUCUCUCCCCACAUUCUGCUGUUGUGGCAUUCUGUGAGGGUUUAUUGAAGCAUGCCACUGCAUGGGAGGCACUGAGAGAGGAUCUUGCAGCAAAAGAGGCUGCAAUGACUCUCGAGGAGGUGAAAGAACGAAUGCGAAAUGUACUGUCUCUCACAGAUGUCACACGCUUUCCAAUUCCCAAAAACCCUAGUGCCAUAAUAUUUGUUGCUGCUACUGAUGAUGGUUACAUACCAAAGCACUCUGUGCUGGGGCUUCAAAAGGCUUGGCCUGGUUCAGAAGUGAGAUGGGUUACUGGUGGGCAUGUGUCAUCCUUUCUUCUUCAUCAUGGUGAAUUUCAGAAGGCAAUUGUUGACGGGCUUAACAGAUUAGAAUGGAAGGAAUCUUCCUUGUGACAGUGCAUCAAGAAAUUACUGCAUUUAUUUAUUAACAUCACACUUGUAAACUGGAUUAUAGCAACUGAUAUUUGACUGCAACCCUUAAACGAAAAGAGAAGGGCAAUUGCUUUGUGAAUAAUUUAUUUCCACUUUAUGUGUUUAUAUUUAACUACAUUAAUUUUAGGGGAAAUAUAAUGUUUUUGAUUUCUUUGAGUAAAUAAUAAAGGGUCAAAUUGCCGAUA